AAUAAUCGUUGUGCCUUUUGCGAUCGCCUAGGCGCGCGCAAUUGCAUGUCGCGCGCAGUCGUGGAGUGCAGAUGAGAUUUUCAGAAAAUUAGGGUUUUGAAGAAGAACGAAUUUUUGCUUCUUUAAAAUUUUCAUCCUAUUCUUGGCAAUUUCCCUCUCCCCAAUACAGUAGAGCCCAGCCGAUUCGCCGCCGGUCGCAGACCAAGUGAAGUAUUGAAAGAAUUCUCUCUUCUGAAAUCUGCUUCGUCCUCCUCACUGUUAUCUUUCACUUUCGUCCUUCUCAGCUCCCCGGAGCAAAAGAGUAAUUAACGACGAGCUUUCUUUAAUUCGAAGCUAGAAGCAUCAUCUGAAGAAGUAGUUGAAUUAGAUACUUGGAGAAAUCAGAAAUUGUCGGACAUGGAUGUCGAUCAUUAUGCUGUUCUUGGGUUGCCUUCGGGUGAGGAAGGUUCCAAGCUCUCUGAGAAAGAGAUAUCUAAAGCAUACAGAGCAAAGGCUUUGGAAUUGCACCCUGACAAGAGGCCAGAUGAUCCAAAUGCCCAUGCUAAUUUCCAAAUUCUGAAGUCAUCCUACGAGAUUCUAAAGGAUGAGAAGGCAAGGAAAUUAUUCGAUGAUCUUCUAAGAGUCAAACGCGAGCAGCAUCGCCGACAAUCAGAGCGUGAUUCUAAGCGUCAGAAAAUGAUGACGGACCUUGAAGCAAGAGAGCGAUCUGCAUUUGCUCCCGACCCUGCUGCAAAAGAACUAGCAGAAGAAGAAAAAAUUGCCAAAAAGCUAAAGGAAGAGAUUGCUAGAAUCCGAGCUAUGCACGCAAAGAAAGGAGCACCGACAACAUUUCCACCAAAGAAGGAGACUGGGGGAGUUGGAAAGAAUAGCGAUGUUGAUCCUGGAUCUACAAUGGACAAAGAGAGGAUGCUUAAGGUUUCAUGGGAGAAGAUUGGCGAGGAUUAUACUGCAGAGAAAUUAAGAGAGAUGUUUUCGAAGUUUGGUGAGGUUGAAGAUGUUGUUAUUAGGCAUAACAAGAAGAAGAAAGGUUCAGCGGUGAUCGUAAUGUCGAGUAAAGAUGCUGCAGUUGCCUCUACUAGAUCUGUGCUUGGUGAUCUAUCUAACCCUUUACUAGUUUUGCCCCUUCAACCAGUUUCUUCAGUAGAGAUGCCCGCUGCUGAGAAAUCACCAGAGCAUAAUCGUUUGAAUAAUUUAGUAGGAGCUGGUUACCAAGCAUUUGAAGAUUCCAUUUUAAAGAAACUCCAAAAGGCUGGUGAGAAGCAAAAACAAUAAGUUGGCACUACCAAGAUCAAUUGUACCAUAUUGAGUCGAGAUCACCCUCUGCAUGAAUGUUGAGGUGAAAGAACACGUUCUUGCUGCCACCUUUUCAGUUUGCAUUAUUGCCAUAUCUCUACUUAAGGAAUUAUUUUUCCUAUCUGUAUACUGUUUUAGCUGCAGACAAUUGAGAGAUACUUUCAAUUAUGGUUAUGUGAGAAUCGUGGUCCAGAUGAGUACGAUACCAAGUAAAAUUUUCUAAUUAAUACCUGACUUUUGUUCAUUAUAGCAA